AUGAGGACAAAAAUUGACGAUUUUUUCUUGACGACUCAUGAGUGUGAUCUUGACGUAAUAUUUUUAACGGAGACUGGACUAGACGACCGCAUCGACUCGCUGCAAUUAUUCGGCACGUCUUAUAAUGUUUUCCGCUGCGACCGUAAUCCACGCAACAGUGACAAAUCCAGCUUCGGAGGUGUACUUAUUGCCGUGGCACAAUGCUACCCUAGUUCGAUUGCCGAAUCUACUUACAGCGCCCACUUAGAGCAAGUUUGCGUUAAUGCUACUGUCCGUGGCAAACAGCUGUUACUUUGCUGCCUGUACAUUCCGCCGGACAAAAGUUCCAGCAUCGACAUUGUCGAUAGCCACGUUUCGUCUAUUUGUGAGCUGUGGGACAAAUGUACUGAUCGGGGCUCGCUUCUGGUGUGCGGCGAUUUUAAUCAGCCUCGCAUUGAAUGGGGAUCGGAUGGAAGCCAACAUGUAUCCAUAGCGCAUCUGCCCUGUGCCAGUGCCGCUUUGAUCGAUGGUAUGAAUUUUCUGAACCUUACACAAGUGAACACACAGCGCAAUCAUCUCGGACGCAUGUUAGACCUGGUAUUUUGCACUUCUGGAUGCUCACUGUCGAUCGAUCGUUGUGUUACCCCGCUGCUGCCUGUCGACCCUCACCACCCACCGCUUGUGAUGUCGUUGCCUGUCUGUGAUAAUAGGACCGCUCCGGCUCUGAUUGAUGAAACAAAACAGUUGAAUUUUCGAAGGAUGGAUUUCUCUGCGCUAGAUCAGUACUUGCUUUCUGUUGAUUGGAGGGCUUUACUUGAGUUUAACGAUGUUGAUGAGAUGGCAUCGAAGUUUUGUGAAACUAUUUCGGAAUGGAUGAAUUCUAAUGUACCUCUUGCGAAACGACCGGCUUCACCUGCGUGGGGCACUCCGUAUCUUAGGCAGUUGAAGAGGGAACGCAACCGAGCACAGCGUGCAUAUCGUAAACGUAAAACAACGCUGACACAGCGCAACUUUAAACGUUCCAGUGCUGAAUAUCGUCGUUUGAAUGCGGUUCUGUAUAAAUCCUAUGUACUGCGUGUGCAAACUGAUCUCCGUAAACAACCGAAAAAUUUUUGGAAUUUCGUUAAUUCGAAAAGGAAAUGCUCGUCCAUUCCUUCCCACGUGUGCCUUGACGGAAUUGAUGCUACAUCCGUUUCUGAAUCUUGUGAGCUGUUCGCAAACUUUUUCUCAUCUGUGUUCGCCAAUGAAACAGCGUCUGAUCAGGAUGCACAAACCGCUGCCUCAUACGUUCCAGCUGAUUUGGUCAACUUGAAUGUGUUUGAGAUUACUGCUGACAUGAUAAUAACCGCUGCAAAAAACUGA